GAGCGAGAAAGAGAGAAGCCAGAAUGCGAACGAGAAGAGAAGCGCAGCUAAUUGUUUCUGUUUGUUUGUUUUUCCAUGCAUGCAUAAUGAAGGAUAAUUAGAGCAUGCUGUGACCGCAGGUUUGUAUUUAAGGUCUCCUAAUAAGAUGAGAAGCUUUUAGUAUCUUAUGUUGUAAGGGAAGCAACACGAAGGGGACAGCUGGGUUUCUGUUUCAACCAACCCAAAACCUCAGAAAGUGCAGCAUAACAAGGACUGCUUACUACUGGACUAAGCCUUCGAGGGGGAAAUUAAGCGAUCUAGUUGGAAAGUUGUCAGAUCGUGAAAAACUGCUGCACCAGAAGGAUUUCACUUCAGAAUCGAUUCUUUCACGCAGUCUUGAAAUCAAAACUACGGACUUUGGAUUGUUUGCUUCAGAUUUAAUGGAUAUAUGAGAGCCUUAUGAAAAAAAUCAACAAAAGUUUAGUAUUAUCUCAAAUGCAAGCACCACGAUGGCAAAUUUUGCCUGUUUGAUUCAGUGCUUCAGCCGGAUGGUCUGGCUUUUUGUGGGCUUAAUCAUGGUUUUCGGUUCAAUUUCAUUGACUUUACCUGCCCAUGGCCGUCGGAUGAUAUGCUGGCAAGCCAUCAUGAAGUGCCAGGGUGAAGGGGAAUGCAACUAUGCUUACGGGCAGUAUGUUGAAGCCUGCUCCUCGAUAAUAAGCAGAGAUCGCCACCGGUGCCCAAGUCACUGCAUCUCUGCUCUCAUUCAGCUGAACCACACUAAGAAUGGACCAGCUCUGGAGGACUGUGAUUGUGCUCAGGAUGAGCGUUGCAGAGCAACCAAGCGAGCAAUCGAGCCCUGUUUGCCAAGGACUAGUGGAGUCUUGGGUUGCACAGAAGCAAGGCGCCAGUGCGAUAGGGACCCCCGGUGCAGCAGUGCCAUGCGUAAUUAUUUAAUCCACUGUGGCAAACUUUUCAACGGGAUUCGGUGCACUGAUGAGUGCAGAGCUGUAAUAGACGACAUGCGGUAUGUGCCUAAAGCAGCCCUUUUGAACGAUUGUGUCUGUGAUGGAAUGGAGAGGCCCAUUUGCGAGGCAAUAAAGGAUAACAUGGCAAGGCUUUGCUUCGGGUCUGAUUUCAACACCGGCAGCGGUGGGUCAGACGAUGACGACGACUACGAAGACUAUAGUGACGAUCCAGUCAUAGUGGACUACCCCAGCAAAGACAAUGGUGGAUGUCCUUUGAUACCCCUAAAUGUUUUGACUUUGAUGGCAUCCAUUUUGCUUCUGUCUCCUUUUCUUUAAUCCGUAAAUGAAUGAUUCACCAAGUUUUGCAUCUGUCAGUUUAACUUCUUCUAAAGACUUUUAUCUGUCACUCAAGACGCUCGCCUGGUUGCUGUUGAGUAUAUGCGACCCCAAAGAGUAUGUGAAUUUAAAAUUUGCAUGGCAAUAUGUGAUUUUCCAAUCUUAACAUACUGAUUUUAGCCCAAAUGACUAUCAUGGUUUAUGCGCGCUCGUGUUCUAUGCAACUUUUUCCCAGUAGAACUGGUUAAACAUUAUUGUUUGUUGGUCAGUAGUUAAGAGUUUUACAUUUUGGUGUUUAUUUAUAAAUGUUUUUUUUUUUUUUUGGUUGCCUGUGUUGGCAUGAAGUGAACGCGAUGCUACCAAAUAAGCUUUGUUUUUGCAAUACAACUGCCUUACUGCCAGAAAUUUGCUAUUUUCUCAAUUAGUCACAUACUACCUGGUAUUUUUUUCAUCUUUCAGUUGAUCACUUGUCAUCUGACGUUGUAUUUUGUGCUGUCAUUGUUGACAGUCGAUCUGGCUUAAAAUUAUCUA